GUCGGGUCCAACCAAGGGAGGGGGGGGGACUCACUCGCCUGCCCUGCCCACUUUUUGUGGCGCUAACAACUUCUCUCUCUCGUGAAAUUUGGUUCAAAUUUCGUGCCGGUGGAUGGCACCAAUGCCCGCUGAGGCCCGUGAAAAGCACAAAAAUGGCGUUUGAAAUAACAGAAUGGCUUUAGAGAGGCGAGAGUUUUCCCUUCAAACAUUUUUAGGUCAUCAUAGGCUGGUGGCUCUGUGGCACGGCCGAGUACACACACACUCACACACACACACGCACACACAUACACGGUGACGGGGUUACGAAGUGUACAGUGUUCCUCCUUUUUUCAAGAGGGAGGUGGAGGAGGAGCGAGAGCGGGAUUCGUAGAAGGAAUUUCUAAUCUCAUGGCCUCUCCUUCGCCGUCGUAGUAGACUCCAUGUUUCUCGCCUCAUCCUUAUUUUCCCAGCGUUGAUAUUGAUCAGUGUGAAAUGUGUUGGAGUGAAUAUAAUGCAAGAUGGUGGAACAACAUUUCUGCUUGCGGUGGAAUAACUACCGCACCAAUAUAACAGCAGAGUUUGAGACCUUGAGGGAGGGGGAGCACUUCGUAGAUGUCACCUUAGCGUGCGAUGGGCACCAGCUUAAGGCACACAAGGUCGUCCUGUCUGCGUGCAGCCCUUACUUCAAGGAGCUACUGCAGGGGAAUCCAUGUACACACCCCAUAAUAAUACUUCGUGAUGUAGCCUACACACAUAUGAGAAGCCUAUUAGAAUUUAUGUAUGCUGGAGAAGUAAAUAUAUCUCAAGUCCAGCUGGGUGCCUUUCUACAUACUGCAGAGGCUCUCAAAAUCCGAGGCCUGGCUGAAUCAUCAGAUGAUCGUAAAGACCAGGGUGGACUAAAUAGUAUAUCCCCUUUGUCAGCACUCAAGUCUUCACUUAGUGGUCUUGGAAAUAUAGCAAUGGGUAGCUUAAGUGCACCCAAUUUAUUAGAGAGACCUUUGGUACCUCAGCUUUUAUCACAUCACCCGGACAAACCACCAGGGAAUCCUUUAACAGUCCCACAUCAUUUACCACCCCACAUGGUGCCCCCUCCAUUAUCUUUGGCCAGUGGCACCCUUCCGACAACCUCCCAUGGUAUAUCUGGGGGCCCUCCAAGCAGCACAAGCAGCAGCAGUAGCGGAAGCACCAGCUGUAAUGUGACUGGCGUCCAUCCAGGGCCACUCCCCCUUACUACAGUGAGCCAAACCAGUGAGCGCCCGUCCCGCUUAGAAGCACCAGAGCGCUCCCCCUCCCCACCACCUCCCUUGCCACCUAGUAAAAGGCUAAGACUAGAAAGAAAAAGCCCCUUAGACCCUACCCCAGACAAGAACAACCACCGUGAAUCUAACGGAACUACCUCCUCCACAGUUACAACCACCACAGCCACCAUCCACGCUGAGGAUGUCGCCCCUACUGUACCUAAGACUGAGCCAGUAGAUGGUGGAACCUCUGAUGCAGAAGGGAGUGGUGGAUGGUGUGGUCAGGAGGAAGGGGAUAGCAGUAGUGGUGGUGGUGGUGUUGGAGGAGGAGGAGGUGGUGGUGGUGUUGGAGGUGGAAGUGGUCCUGGGCCAGGUCCGGGACCAGGGCCUGGGCCAGGGCCAGGUCCUGGUGGGGAUGCUACUACACCUGGCCCCACACCACCUGGAGGAACCCCCCCUGAUGCUGAAAACACUAGUCACCUCCUGCAGGCACUCAGCUCUGAAUCUCACCUGCAAGGAAGCGGUGGUCCAGAGGAAAUAGAUCGUCCCAUGCCUUGUGAAGAAGUACGUCACGAUAUGCGGGAUAUAAGGUAUGACUUACCACCAGAUCCUCGGAUAGAACAUCGCCAGGAUCCACCUCUUGAUCUUCGAGGAGACACAAGAGGUGAUCAGAGAGUUGAUAUCCGCAGUGAUAUACGAGUGGUUGAGGUGAGAGGUGGGGGGGAAAGGACAGGUACAUCUCCACCAUUACCUCCAAGUUCAUUACCACAUUCUUGUCAGCUUUGUGGAAAAUUGAUUUCUUGUCGUCGGAAUUUGUGGAAGCACAUGGAACGAGUCCACUUCAAUAAUCCCGCCGUCCGCUGCUCGCUGUGCGCUAAGAUGUUUAAGAAUAAGUAUGCUCUUAAGGAUCAUCAGCGUAUUUACCACGGUGGCCUGAGUGAGCCACCACCACCUCCAACACACUCUGCCUCUAUCCUAUCAUGUAUCCUCCAAGAUCCAAGGCACCAGCAGCCUCCACAGCCCCAUGACCCCCGAGGCCCACCUCCCCUAGAGAUGCCGCAACCUGGACUCCUGCCGAGGGAUUCACACAUGCGACAUCCCAUGGAUUCACCUCACACCCAGCCUCUUUCCCGUCGACAUCAUGAGGAGGAUGAAUAUGCGGGAGCCACAGCUUACCCAAGCAUGGGUAUGGGCCCAAUUAUACCACAGUCACUAGCUCCAACCUUAGUGGGAAGUCCAUCUUCACUGAGUAGGUCACGCCCUGAUUGGUCAACACAGGAUGAUCCCUUGUCCUUAGUAAACCGUGCCCUGCUUUCUGAGCUACAUCAUUUGGUAACUAAGGCUGACUAAGCGUCAAGCUUGUGGUCGUGCUGUUCGCUAGUCUGCCCUGCACCAGACACCUUGCGGUGGUGCCCGGCCUCAUUACUCCCUCAACCAGUAGGGUACACCUCGCCUGGCCGUAAGCUCCCUACCGUUGGUGCUGGUGACCACCCAUGCCCAUACAACGACCACACUUACACCGCCCAUCACUCUGGUAACCUAGUUUGACAUCUUUUGUCCUUGGUAGCCAGUCGUGUUUACUGUAGCCAGCCUAUAUAUCCUUCAAUUGUGCCGAGGUGGGCCCAGGGGGUUGCCGCAUCUCACCCAUGAUAGCUUUAACCUCCGAUGGAGGAGGCAUGCUGUUACCAAACAGGCGCCACUGUGUCCCUACCUGGUGCCUGUUCAACACGGCAGUUUAGUCGUUACCACAAUAGUCUCUCCAGUUGUGUGUUCAGCUCGCACCCGCAGCUACCCUAUAUGUAAGCAGCCUAGAAAUAUGGACGCACACGCUUCCCUAACUCACUGACUCAACCAGAGGUCCAUAGUGAUAGUCCCCAAGGUUAUGACAUCUGCUGGUGGAGUUGGAGACAUUGAAAUCUGCUUCGGAUUUUUCAUUCCAGCAGUCUGUAAACCUGUGAUUGUGAUACGAGUGACAUUUUCAAGGUGUUGGGAUAAAAUUUGUAUAAUGCAUUGAAAUUUGUUAUCUCAAACAAAUGCCCAAAGUAACAUAUUGGCUGUGAUAGAAUUAUUAUUGGUUAUUGUAUGGAUGUGAUGGAAAUCCUAUUAACACACUUUUUUGAAGAUUCUGAAUCAGUAAUCAAUGUGUCCUACACAUGACUGCCUGAGUCAAGCCUUAACUCAGUGGUCCAUAGAAGCAGUAAAAGUGGCUCUCCUAAAGUAUACUGUAUUCAUUAAUGCUUUUUAACCUCCUGUACUAACUAAUCCGUAUUGGUUUGUAAAAAAAAAAUCCAAGUUGUGCACAAAUUCCAUUUAAAACUUUCUUACCUGUUUCACUUUUUUUAAUGCAGUUAUUACAUUUAUCACUUUUUAUAAUAAUCAUUUGAAUGUUAACCAGA